GGACUGUGAGUGAGCUUGGAACACCUGGACCUGCUAUGCCAACGGAAAUCUCUCGUGCGGUGAGAAUGCAUGCCAUCUCCGGCUUCCAUUCCUCGCUGACAGGGCGGCUUCUCAACAAAGGCCCCGGGUACCUUCGCAAGCAGAUGGAGGCGGGCACCCCUGGCAGGAAGAGCGCCGUGGAAAGGCUGGCAGAGGAUAAGGCCAAGUACGUGAAAAGUCAGCAGGUGAUCAGCACCAAGCAGGAGCCGGUCUCCGCCCUCAGCUCUGCUUCGGAGAGCAGUUGCGAGAGCAGCUCUGUGGAAAGUAAAAAAGCCAGCAACAACUUGGGGGAGGGGGAAAGCGUGCAAGUCGUGGAGCAGGUGAAGGCGGUGGACUCUGGCCCGGCUCCUCUGGAACACGGCCCCCCCAUUGCCAGGCGCAGCAGCUCCAAGAGGCAAAUCAGACCGGACUCUUUAGUGAUCUAUCGCCAGAAAUGUGAAUUUGUGAGGGGCCAAAGCAAUGAGAACAGCCGCGGGAGUUUAGUCAGAAGGCUGUUCCAGGGAUCCUUCAAGGACAAGCAGCUGGUUUCUGAGGCAUCCAGAGCCAUCCUCAAGGAAGACACCGCACCUACGACAGAAGGGCCUCUACUGAUUGAAGACGUGGGCAAUAAACUUGAUGUGGCAGGGCAGAACACAGCCCCAAGCACAGGGACAGCAACCGUUCUUGCCAGCAGAUGUGAGAACGCUCCCAAUCGGUCUGCGGUGCCUCCUGAAGUGAGGAGGAAAGGUCUGCACCGGUCCCAGUCGGACAUUAGUUCCCGAUACUCGAAAUCAUUCUCCGAGUUUGACACUUUCUUUAAGUACUGUGGCCUUGAGCCAGAAGUAAUCGAGGACCUCGGACAAGAGAACUUUUCCGUGGCUUCCGACAACGUCUCUUUCCGGAUCCGCAGCAUCAGCGUGGCAACGUCAGAGAGCGACUUCACCAGGCACAGUGGCGAUGAUGGGUUGCUGGAAGAAGAACUCACAGAGCAGGUCCCCACGGGCCUGUCAGUGAUUGAACGCAAUGCUCGGAUAAUCAAAUGGCUGUACACGUGUAAGAAAGCCAAGGAGAACAAAAAUGUGCUGCAGGAGUUGGAGUGAUGUCUUCCCUUCCCAAAAUGAAUUGCAGCUAAAACUGAAGUAUUCUCUGAACUAAUCAGAACACGAACUUGCAGCAGCCAUUUCUGCCAUUCUUCCUC